AUGCUCCCCUCGCUCUCCCCCCGCGCCGCCCGCCGGCUAUACAUCCUCGCCGCAACCCUCCUCCUCCUCGACUUCUACGCCCUCUACACGCGCUACUACACUCGCGACAAUGGCCUGACGUAUUCAAUAAAUGGGCAAAUCCCAUCCGAUUGCCCGAACCUUCCCGGCCUGUCGGAAAUCAUGCUCGUCCUCAAAACGGGCGUGACAGAAUCCCACUCGAAGCUCCCCAUCCACCGAAACACAACCCUGCGCUGUAUCCCGAAUUACAUCGUGUGGUCCGACUAUGAAGAGUCGAUUGCCGAUAUCCCCGUGCACGACGUGCUGUACAAUGAAUCCUCGACGCUCCACCAAUUACCGGAUUUCAGGCUGUAUACGAAGGUCCAGGCGCAUGGGCGCGAUGCGCUCACACAGACGGAGUUGAGCGAUGAGACGAGUACGCCGUUUGGGAAGAGUAAUCCGGGUUGGAAGUUGGAUAAGUGGAAGUUCAUCCCGAUGAUCGAGCAUACCUUCGCCAAGAAUCCGAAUGCGAAGUGGUAUGUGUUUAUGGAGGCCGACACGUACAUCAUGUGGCCGAAUAUGCUCUCGUGGCUGUCGAAGCUCGACGCGACGAAGCCGUGGUACUUGGGGAACCAGAUGCAGAUCCGCGAUGUGAUUUUCGGGCAUGGCGGGAGUGGGUUCGUAAUUUCGCGGCCGGCCAUGGAAGCUGCGACGAGGCUUUUGUCCGAGAAGCGCGAGUACUGGGACUCGAUCACGAAGCAGGAGUGGGCGGGAGACUGCGUGUUGGGGAUCCUACUCAAGGAGGCCGGCAUCCCGCUCACCUGGGCGUGGCCGAUGCUGCAGAUUGCGCCGCCAAAGGAGCUGGAUAAUUUCGGGAGCAACUAUGGGCGCACGCCGUGGUGUUAUCCGGCCGUCUCGUUUCAUCACCUGAAGCCGCGCGAGAUCCGCGAGCUGAAUUGGUUGGAUCGCAUGUGGAGUGUCGAGGGGGCGCCGUUGCUGUACCGCGAUGUGUUUUGGCAGCUGGCCAGGCCAAAGAUGACCGAGGAGCCCGCGGAGAAUUGGGAUAAUCAGGCGGGAGAGGAGAAGGAGGUUGUGGGCAGUCUUGAAGAUUGUCAGCAGAUAUGUGAGGAGGAUACGCAUUGCUUGCAGUUUGUGCUCAAGCCUGAUGGGAUGUGUGCGAUUGGCCGGGAUGCGAGGCUCGGGGAUAAGAGGCAGGGCUUCAAGUCUGGCUGGAUGCUGGAUCGCAUCGAUGCGACGGCGAAUACGCUGGGGAGCUGCACGACGCCACAUUGGGUUUUGAAAUAG